UUCCUUCUCCAUUCCCCUGUAGUCUCGGAGCAUGCUCUCUGAGAUGCUGGUCGGCAGUCCCAGUCCGCUGGGCCCAUGCCCCCCGGGUGCUACAUGGAGACCUUAGCAAACUUUCGGGACGAGUCCAAGAGUUUGUAGAACAUGGGGUGAAACUUUGCCAGCCAGAUAGCAUCCACAUCUGUGAUGGGACUGAGAAGGAGAAUGGCAAGAUCUUGAACCUCCUGGAGUCGGAAGGAGUCAUCAAGCCGCUGACCAAAUAUGAGAACUGCUGGCUAGCCAAGACCGACCCUAAGGAUGUGGCCCGAGUGGAAAGCCGAACAGUUAUUGUAACUGAGAACCAAAGGGACACACUGCCCAUUCCUGCCCCUGAGGUCAAAGGGCAAUUGGGCAACUGGAUGAACCCCAAAACAUUCCAGGAGGCAGUGGAUGACCGGUUCCCUGGUUGCAUGAAAGGGCGUACCAUGUAUGUCAUCCCAUAUAGCAUGGGUCCUAUCGGCUCACCCCUGUCCAAAAUUGGGAUCCAGCUAACAGACUCAGCCUAUGUGGUCGCCAGCAUGCGCAUCAUGACCCGCAUGGGUGUUGCCGCCCUCCGCACUCUGGGAGACGGGGAAUUUGUCAAGUGCCUCCAUUCUGUGGGGCGACCCCUACCCCUAAAUGAAGAACUGGUGAACAACUGGCCGUGUAACCCUGAGAAGACCAUAAUCGCACAUGUCCCCAAACGCCGAGAGAUUGUCUCCUUUGGCAGUGGCUACGGUGGCAACUCCCUCCUGGGCAAAAAGUGUUUUGCUCUGCGUAUCGCCUCUUGCAUUGCCAAAGACGAAGGCUGGCUGGCUGAACACAUGCUGAUCCUGGGGCUCACAAAUCCCGAGGGGAAGAAGAAAUAUGUGGCCGCAGCUUUUCCCAGCGCAUGCGGAAAGACCAACCUGGCCAUGAUGAACCCUACCUUGCCUGGCUGGAGAGUGGAGUGUGUGGGAGAUGACAUUGCCUGGAUGAAAUUUGACAGUGAUGGUGUCCUACGGGCCAUCAACCCUGAGAAUGGUUUCUUUGGAGUGGCACCAGGUACCUCCACCAAAACCAACCCCAACGCCAUGCAUACCAUCCAACGGAACACCAUUUUCACCAAUGUUGCUGAGACCAGUGAAGGGGGAGUCUACUGGGAAGGCAUUGACCAGAUGAUCCCCGCAGGGGUUACCAUCAGCACAUGGCAGGGAAAGCCCUGGAAGCCAGGUGACUCAGAGCCAGCAGCUCAUCCCAACUCUCGCUUUUGUGCCCCAGCCCGCCAGUGUCCCAUCAUGGAUCCAGACUGGGAAUCCCCCCAGGGGGUCCCUAUUGAUGCCAUCAUCUUUGGGGGCAGGAGACCCAUGGGCGUGCCCUUGGUGUACGAGGCCUUCAACUGGCGCCAUGGAGUCUUUGUGGGCACGGCCAUGAGAUCGGAGUCCACUGCAGCAGCUGAACACAAAGGUAAAGUCAUCAUGCAUGACCCCUUUGCCAUGCGCCCUUUCUUUGGUUACAACUUUGGCCGCUACCUCGAGCACUGGUUGAGCAUGGAGGAGCGCAAGGGUGUUCGCCUUCCCAAGAUUUUCCAUGUCAACUGGUUCCGCAAGGAUGCUGCCGGGAACUUCUUGUGGCCGGGCUUUGGCGAAAACUCCCGUGUCCUUGACUGGAUCUUCCGCCGUGUUGACGGAGAAGAGAGCGCCAAGGAGACGCCAAUCGGGUACAUCCCAAAAGAAGGUGCUUUAGACAUGAAGGGUCUAACCAAGGUGAACUUUGAGGAGCUGUUCUCACUGCCCAAAGAUUUCUGGGAACAAGAAGUGCGGGAAAUCAGGCAGUACCUAACAGAACAAGUACCCGACGAUCUGCCCAAGGAAGUCAUGAAGGAACUGGAGGCUUUGGAGAGCCGGGUUAAGAGGAUGUGAGGGACCUGAAAAUAAAAGAAAAAAGAACCAAAGACACAUUCCCCUGUAUCUCCUGUCGGGAGAAGGAGGAGGUGACUGGGAGCUUGUUUACAGACUUAUCUUUCCCCACUUCUGACCAGCUAAGCCUCUCUGGCCAUCAGGAGUCAACCAUCUUGUCUCCAUGGUCAUGAGGUGACCAUCUUGCCUCCAGGCAACCUGAAUUUUACCUGUUUUCUUGUGUGUCUCUGUUUUCUUGAUUCAUCUGCUUUAUGUCCUUCUCCUUUACCACUAUCAUUCCUUGAUUGUAGGGAAACAAGGCAGAAAUCAUCUGCUUUCAUGUUUUCAUCAGUUUUAUGUUGGUUCUCCUUUGAGUCGGCUUUUCUUGUCUAUGUAUCAUUCUUGUUACAAAAUAGUUUUUGUCCUUUCACAGUCCUUUCUGGUGAAAGACUUUAGGCUGAAAAAGUGCUUGGGAGGAAGGUAUGAUGGAAAGCUUUGGUGGAAAGAGACACCAUAAGAUUGCCCAGUGAGUGUUCUCUAAUUCCAAUAUUAGUCACUGUUAGUUGUACAUCCAGAAGUAAUGGAAGCUCUGCCAUCAGUAGGUCUUCAAAGGAGAUGUACUUUCCUUAGCAAAAUCUUCUUAUUUGGUACCACAAAUUCAACUUAACAGUUAGGUGCUAAUCUUUAGGUUCUAGACCUGUUGCUAUUAGUAUCAGUAACCGGAAUAUGGGAUGGGUUCCACCACAUUUAGAUAACCUUUCCUUCUAGUUCCUUUGAACCAUAUGAACAUAUGAUGCUGCCUUAUACUGAGUCAGACCAUUGGUCUAUCUAACUACCACUAGUAAGUUGCUAAUUUAUGCCAUUGGGCCAUCAUGUGAUAUAAGUGACAGUUUGUGGGACUGCUUUCUAGUGCCUAUCAGAGAUGUAGUAUACCUCCACUAGCCUGACUAAUUGUAUGACUUGUAAAUUCUGUAAGUGUGGAACAUGCUGGCAGUUGCUUUUCUGUCAUAGGAAGCAAAUCAACUCUUCGGAAGUUCACAAGAACCUUAUGAAACCACAUUGUGUUGGAUCAGAUCAUUAGUCAAUCUAAUCUUAUCCAACCAGCAUGAUCAACUGACUUAAUCCUUUCUCAUUGUUCUCUGGCUCUCAGAUUUUAUACCUAUACUCUGAUUUUAUCUCCAGUACUGUAGUCACCCCUUGGGGAAGUGCAUCUGUAUAGUAUCACAUUUUUAUGUUUCACAGAAUUCAGUUGUCCAUCUGCCAAGCAGAUGCAAAACAUAAUAUUCCCUUCAGAGAUGUGAGUUCCUCUCAACUUAAAUUUGUUUGAGGAAAAUUAAUAACUUUAUCAAAAUUCACUUGAGUUAAUCCAUCCAACAAAUUCUAGCAAGAGAGUGGUAUAGAUAUUAGAGUAAACCAGAUAUUUCUUCAUCUAUGCUUCUCAACAUAUAUACCCUAGGUCCUAGGACAUGGUCUCACAUACUUAACAGGACAGUUAUGAAGACAAAUGAGAUACAAGCAAUAACUAUCCUUUGUAUACAAAGGCAUAUUGAAGAUCCUUUGAGACUAACUGUGCGAAAGAAGUUGUAGCAUAACCUUUCAUAGACCUCCUCAGGUCUGCUCCCUCAUACAGGUAUUGGCAGAAUUUUGGUUCCACCUUAGUUUAGAUGCAUCAUCCAUUUUAUCUGAAUUUGACAAGGAUCCUAUUUACCUAACCAAAGGUCAUCUACAAUUCUAAUCAUCCCUGUCUCACCUCACGUUCCAUUGUUAACCAUCCUUUUCCUUCUGCACAGCCUUUGGAAUAGGAGUGGGUAAAGAGUGGCCCUCCUGAGGCCCCCUAGAUUGUUUUUGUGGCCUUUAUCCCUUCCACAUUUGUCCCACCACCCUUUUUUUUUUUUCCUCAUAGAAAAGGGUGAUCUACUUCCCUGGGAAGCAUCUAGUAGUGACAAGUUGCCUUUUAAAUAGGUUGCAGUCCCUUCUCUUUACUGUUCAACAUAAAAAAAAUAGCCAUUUCUCGAAACCAGAAGUGGACUUCUGACCACUUCCUUAUGUACUUGGUUGGUUUUGGGUUUUAGCAUUUUUGGCAGUCCCUGGAGGGUCCUGGGAUAAAUAAUUGGCCUCUGGACCCACCACAGCUGUUUUUUUGGGUGCCUUCAAAUCAUUUCUGACUUACGGCAACCCUAAGGCAAGACUAUCACAGGCUUUUCUUGGCAAGAUUUGUUCAGGGUUGUCGGUUUUUUGCCAGUGCCUCCCUCUGAGGCUGUGAGGGUGUCUUAAGUCACCCAGUGGGUUUCCAUGGAUGAAUGGGGACCAUGGUCUCCAAAGUUUGUCCAAUGCUCAAACCACUACACCGUGCUGGCUCCGGACCCACCACAGUUGCCUGGGCCAAUUAUCAUGCCCAUUAAUAUUUCGUAACAUUACAUUAGCACAGGCAAUAGCCAGGCGAUUUUUAGCCUAUUAUGUUUCUUAGGAUAUCCAGCAAAAAGUGUGAAUUGCAUAAUGCACCGUCUUCCCACUUAGGACAAGUGGGUGAAUCUGUUACAGCUUGUCAGCAAAUAAUGGCCAUCCACUAGUUAUCAGGUAUGGUGUCAUUUUGACUGGUGCUCAUUGUGAUAGUUUAAUAGCUACCCACCUUUACAUUCCUGUAUGUGGACCUUGAUUGGUGGAGUUACUGUACUCCCUCUCCUCAGCUGUUUUAAGCCCAUGCUUGAAUGGAGUUCACCUGUGUUUCAAUGUAUUACCAUAUGCAACGGAUUAAUGGGCUUUCUGUUUCUUCCUCUCCACCUUUGCCAGAACUUCAGGGUGAGGAUGGCAGGAACCUUUCAGCUAUGUUCAGUGAGUGGUGAUGUUUCAACCAGUAAUGAGGCGGCUGCUGGAAGGAAACCCAAAAACAUGAGAUAGAUAUUUGAAUGCAAUUUAAUUUGGUUUUUUUAUAAAAUAAAUAAAAUUAAAUGCAUACUAUUUUAUUAAUAACAAACAUGAAUGAGAAUAAAAGUAUCAAGAAAUAAAA